AUGCCCAGCGCAGCGCAGAGCCCCAUUGUGAGUGAGAAAUGGCCGGUAGUCGCGGGUGAGGGAUGGCGUGGGCAUCUGAAGCUGCUGGGCAACUCUCAGAAACUCCAGGGCACACAGAGCAGCCGUGGUUACGAGGCCUCACUCUUGCCUGCUCAGUCAGAGGGGACCCGAACUCUAACCUCAUGUGCCAUGAGUCAGCCAUGCCGCGGUGUUUCCAUUCCAGCACUCAGAGCAUCCCCCCUGUGUCUGCUCUUCCGCUCCCUCUGGACUUGGAGCCGGAGCUCCGCCAUGGGCAGGCAGGACAUACUCCCAGACUCAUCCCUCAGGAAGCCUUGUAGGCCUGUGAAAGCCUGGUGCCUGUCGCAGGGGUGCAGCGGUGCUUUGGAGAUCCCCAAAGGGACCCUGGGUAACUGGCCCCAGGAGCCACAGGAUGCUGACUUCUCUGGUUAUGGGCCUGAAGGACACACAUGUGAGCUGACGGGCGUGAUCAUGCGGCUGUCCCUGUCCUGCCUCGUCCUCCUGGUCCUCCUGCCUCCAGCCAUCGUGUCCCAGGGGCUGGCGGGGGCUCUGGGGACCCCGGGCUUCCACUUCACACAACCUACCUACAACGCCACAGUGUACGAGAACUCGGCCGCCCGCACCUACCUCAGCAGCCACAGCCGCAUGGGCAUCACGCUGGAAGACACCUCCUGGGACGUCAAGUACAGGAUCGUCUCCGGGGAUGAGGAGGGCCUCUUCAAAGCUGAGGAGGUGGUCAUCGCCGACUUCUGCUUCCUCCGCAUCCGCACCAAGGGGGGCAAUGCCGCCAUCCUGAACCGGGAGAUCCAAGACCACUAUGCACUGGUGGUGAAGGGCACUGUUCGGGGGGAGGACCUGGAGGCCUGGGCCACGGUCAAUGUCCAGGUGUUAGACAUGAACGAUCUGCGGCCACUCUUCUCACCCACCACCUACUCAGUCACCGUGGCAGAGAGCACGCCCCUGCGCACCAGUGUGGCCCAGGUGACCGCCACGGAUGCCGACAUCGGCUCCAAUGGGCAGUUCUAUUACUACUUCAAGGGCCGCGUGGAUCUCUUCUCUGUGCACCCCACCAGCGGCGUCGUGGCCCUGAGUGGGCGGCUCAAUUGCGAUGAGAAGAGCCGCUACGAGCUGGAGGUCCUGGCCGUGGACCGGGGCAUGAAGCUAUAUGGCAACAACGGCGUGAGCAGUACGGCCCGACUCUACAUCCAUGUGGAGCGUCUCAACGGCCAUGCACCCAGCCUGCAUGUGGUGGCACAUAUGCCCGCUGCACCAGGCCCUGAGCCUACGUACGCUGUGGUGACCGUGGAGGACCCCGACGAGGGUGCCAACGGCGAGGUGGACUCGGUGGCCAUUGUUGCGGGUGACCCCUCAGGCCAGUUCUUCCUGGCCAAGGAGGGCCGAUGGGGUGGCGAGUACCGCGUCAAGGGUCGGCGGCGAGUAGACUGGGAGAGUUUCCCUUAUGGCUACAAUCUCACCCUGCAGGCCAAGGACCGGGGCUCACCACAGAGGUUCUCGGCUGCCAAGGUCGUUCACAUCGCCAACCCGCAGCAAGGCACUGUCCCAACCCGGUUCCAGAAGGAUGCCUACGAGGUGAGCCUCAGCGAGUUCUCGCCACCGGGCACACUGGUGGCACUGGUGCGGCUGGAGCCUGAGCCGCAGAGGGUAGAGUACAGGCUAGCCCCUGGGGAGGAUGCCCAGUUCUUCCAAAUCAACCCACGCUCUGGGCUGAUAGUCACAGCGCGGCCACUCAGUGCAGCCGGGAAGGAGGAAUACACUCUGGCCGUGACGGCCCAGGCUGGGGCGCUGUGGGCCCAGGUGACCGUGCGCAUUGAGGAUGCCAACGACCAUACCCCUGAGUUCCAGCAGCCACUGUAUGAGGCACAUGUGAACGAGAGCGUGCCCGUGGGCACCGUUGUGCUGGCAGUGGCGGCCGCCGACAAGGACCGUGGGGAGAACGGCUACAUCACUUACAGCAUCGCCAGCCUGAAGGCGCUGCCCUUUGCCAUCAACCAGUUCACGGGGCUCAUCCGCACCACCGAGGAGCUGGACUUCGAGUCGUCCCCGGAGACCUACCGCUUCGUGGUCCGCGCCUCCGACUGGGGCUCGCCCUACCGCCACGAGGCUGAGGUGAAUGUCACCGUGCACCUGCACAACCUCAACGACAACCGGCCCCUCUUUGAGCAGGCGGCCUGCCAAGGGGUGCUGCCCUCCGACUUCCCCGUGGGGGCCCACAUCACCACCGUGUCUGCCAUUGACAUUGAUGAGCUGGCACUGGUUAAGUACAGGAUCAUCUCGGGCAACGAGCAGGGUUUCUUCUCGCUGGACCCCAACUCUGGGGUGCUGCAGCUGAGGAAACCGCUGGCAGCCAGUGGCCCAAGGGAUGUGCACUUUGCCCUGUGGGUCACAGCCACGGAUGGCGAAAACCUAGCAGACCCCGUGUCCGUAAACAUCUCGGUUCUCCAUGGUGCCGCAGUGUCCAGGAGCGUCAGCUGCCGAGAGACUCGAGUAGCCCAGAGGCUGGCGGAGAAGUUGCUUCUCAAGGCCAGGGCUGGCGGAAGGCUGGCGCCCGAUGACGGCUUCCUGGACUUUUAUUCCGCCAACCGCCAGGGGCCCCGCUUCGACAAGGCCUUCCCAUCUGACGUGGCUGUACGGGAGGACCUGCCAGUGGGCACGGGCAUCCUGAAGAUCAGGGCCUCAGACCCUGAUGCGGGUUUUAACGGCAAGGUGCUCUUCACCAUCGCGGAUGGCAACAGCGACAGCUGCUUCGCCAUUGGCAUGGAGACGGGGCAACUGGACGUGCUCCUGCCCCUGGAUCGGGAACGAACGGACCGCUACGUUCUCAACAUUACCAUCUAUGACCUGGGCAGCCCACAGAGGUCCUCUUGGAGGCUGCUGACCAUCAAUGUGGAAGAUGCCAAUGACAAUAGCCCUGUGUUCUUACAGGACAGUUACUCAGUCAGCAUUCUGGAGAGCAGUGGCAUCGGCACAGACAUCAUUCAGGUUGAAGCCCGGGACAGAGACCUGGGUGCCAAUGGGGUGGUGGCCUACACUCUGCUCACUGACACCCGCCUCUUCUCCAUCAACGGUUCUACCGGCAUCAUCUCUGUUGCUGACCAGCUGGACCGGGAGGCCAGAGCUAACUACUCACUGAAGAUCGAGGCCCGGGACCAGGCGGCCAUGGGCCAGCAGCUGGCCUCGGUGGUGAUGCUGCGCGUGGUCCUGGAAGAUGUGAACGACUGUGCCCCAACCUUCGUGCCCAGCAGCUAUGGUGUCAAGGUGCUGGAGGACCUGCCCGUGGGCACAGUCAUCGCCUGGCUGGACACGCAGGACCCUGACCUGGGGCUUGGUGGGCAGGUACGCUACUCGCUUGUGAAUGACUACAAUGGCCGCUUCGAGAUGGACCGGGCCAGCGGGGCACUGCGCCUGAGCCGCGAGCUGGACUUUGAGAAGCAGCAGUUUUACAACCUCACCGUGCGCGCCAAAGACAAGGGCCGGCCCGUCUCACUGUCCUCGCUGUCCUUUGUGGAGGUGGAAGUGGUGGACGUCAACGAGAACCUGCACACGCCCUACUUCCCCGACUUCGCCACUGUGGGAGCUGUGCGUGAGGAUGCACGAGUGGGGACCAGUGUGCUGCAGGUGGUGGCCCGUGAUGAGGACACAGGCCGGGAUGGCGAGGUUCAGUAUUCCAUCCGCGAUGGCAGCGGCCUGGGCCGCUUCACCAUCGAUGACGAGAGCGGAGUCAUCUCUACUGCUGAUAUUCUUGAUCGAGAGACAACAGAGUCAUACUGGCUGACAGUUUAUGCCACAGACCGGGGUGUUGUUCCACUCUACUCUACUAUUGAAGUCUACAUUGAAAUUGAAGAUGUAAACGACAAUGCCCCACUGACCUCGGAACCCAUUUAUUAUCCUUUCACCAUGGAGAACUCUCCCAAAGAUGUGUCUGUCAUUCAGAUCCAGGCAGAGGACCCUGACUCUAGUUCCAGUGAGAAACUUACGUACAAGAUUACAAGCGGGAACCCUCAGAAUUUUUUUGCCAUCAAUACCAAAACAGGUCUGAUCACCACCACUUCGAGGAAACUGGACCGAGAGCAGCAGGCAGAGCACUUCCUGGAGGUGACAGUGACAGACGGCGGCCCCUCUCCAAAGCAGUCGACCGUCUGGGUGCUGGUGCAAGUCUUGGACGAGAACGACAACAAGCCGCAGUUCCCCGAGAAGGUUUACCAGGUCAGAUUGCCCGAGCGGGAUCGCAAGAAGCGAGGCGAGCCCAUUUAUAGGGCCUUCGCCUUUGACCGAGACGAGGGCCCCAACGCCGAGAUCUCCUACAGCAUCGUGGAUGGCAAUGACGAUGGCAAGUUCUUCAUCGAUCCCAAGACUGGCCUGGUGUCCUCCAGGAAGCAGUUCACGGCAGGCAGCUAUGACAUCCUCACGAUCAAGGCUGUGGACAACGGACGCCCACAGAAGUCUUCCACAGCCCGCCUUCACAUUGAGUGGAUCCGGAAGCCGCCACCAUCGCCAGUGCCAUUGGCCUUUGAGGAACCUUUCUACAACUUCACGGUCCUGGAAAGCGACCGGGUGACGGAGAUCGUGGGGGUGGUGUCCGUGCAGCCCACCAACACCCCGCUGUGGUUUGACAUCGUUGGUGGCAAGCAUGCCAGAGAGAUGUUUUCUAUCCUGCAGACAGCUUGUGGGCAGAACUGCUCAACAGAAGGGGGGAAUUUUGACAGCUCUUUUGACGCAGAGAAGGGUGUUGGGACCAUUGUCAUUGCGAAGCCUUUGGAUGCAGAGCAGAGGUCCCUCUAUAACAUGACUGUCGAAGUCACCGACGGGACCAAUGUUGCCAUUACUCAGGUGUUUAUCAAAGUGCUGGAUAACAACGAUAAUGGCCAGAAUUCUCUCAGCCCAGUUACGACGUGAACGAUUUCUGAGGAUGUGCUUCCAGACACAGAGAUCUUGCAGCUUGAAGCCACAGACCGUGACGAGAAGCACACGCUGAGCUAUACCAUCCACAGCAGUAUCGACACAGUCAGCAUGAGAAAGUUCCGGAUCGACCCUAGUAACUGGUGUUCUCUACGACGGCUGAGAGGGACUGUGGACCAUGAGGCCCAGGACAAGCACAUCCUCAACAUCAUGGUCAGAGAUCAGGAGUUCCCUUACCGGAGAAACUUGGCCCGAGUGAUUGUGAAUGUGGAAGAUGCUAACGACCACAGCCCUUAUUUUACCAACCCCUUGUACGAGGCAUCUGUGUUUGAAUCGGCUGCUCUGGGAUCUGCUGUUCUGCAGGUGACGGCGCUGGACAAGGACAGAGGGGAGAAUGCAGAGCUCAUAUACAGCAUCGAAGCAGGAAACACUGGAAACACAUUUAAGAUGGAGCCAGUGCUGGGAAUCAUCCCAUUUCCAAAAGAGCCAGACAUGAUGGCCAUGGGCCAGUUUGUCCUAUCAGUCAAGGUCACAGAUCAGGGCUCCCCACACUAAUGUCUGCCAACGGCCAUUGUGCGUAUUUCAGUCACUAUGGCAGACAACGCACCGCCCCAAGUUCUCCCACAAGGGACUACCAAGGCAGAAUGUGAGUGGAAAAAUGUGCAUAUUGGAACAUCCGUCGUUUUGAUCUCAGCCGUCAGUCCAUCAACCCUCAUCUAUGAGGUCAAAGAUGGAAACCCUGAAGGCACAUUUGCCAUCAAUCCAUACUCGGGGCCAUCACUUACCAGGAGAUCCCUGGAUUAUGAGCAUACUCCCUCUUACCAGCUCAUCAUCCAGGCCACCAACAUGGCAGGCAUGGCUGCCAAUGCCAACCGUCAGUACAGGUUGGUGGAUGAGAAUGACAAUGCCCCGGUAUUUCCUCUUCUCAGUAUUCAGGCAGUCUCAGUGAGGCGCCCCAGUCAACAGCAUUGUAGGAGUAAGGGCAACAGCCCGCUGGUGAUCCGAGCCACUGACGCAGACAGCAGCGAAAUGCUCUGCUGGUCUACCAGAUUGUAGGAAUCCACAGCCAAAAACUUCUUCACAUGGGACUCCAGCACAGGGGCCAUUCGGACGAUCGCUGCCCUGGACCAUGAAACCAUCGCCCGUUUCCACUUCCACGUGCACGUGAGGGACAGUGGGAAGCCCCCAGCUCCUGCAGAGAACCCUGUGGAAGUCAACAUCGAGGGUACCGAUUGUGAACAGACACCCACCGUGCUUUCACCCCAGGCCGUGUUUGAGACGGUCCUUCUUCUCCCCACCUAUGUGGGUGUGGAGGUUCUGAGAGUUAGUGCCACAAGAUCCGACUCCCAGGUGCCAACCGAACUGACCUACAGCCUAGCAGAAGGCAGUUUGGAUCAUUUCCUGAUGGAUGCCCAAACUGGAGUGCUCACCGUGAGAAACCAGCACCUCUCCAAAGAGCACUAUGUGCUGAUAGUCAGAGUGUAUGAUGGCAAAUUUUACAGCACAUCCAUGGUCACCGUCUCGGUGAAAGGGGCUGUAGAUAGUGGUCCUCCGCUUUACGCGGGACUUUCUACUCUGCUGCCAUCUCAGAGAACAGCACGAAUCAAUAAAACGCAAGAGGCUAUUGUCAACGCUAGUUGGAAACGCCUUAAUGAGCAGAAAUAUAGCAUCCUAAACCCAGGAAAUAAGUUUCAGAUAAAAUCUACCUCGGGAGUCAUUCAGACCACAGGGUCCCAUUUGACCCGUGAGGAGCAAGAGCUCUAUGAGCUGGUGGUAGACGCCAGUCGUGAACUGGACCAGCUGCGUGUGGCUAGGGUGCUGGUCAGAGUGACCGUGGAGGAUAUCAAUGACAAUGCUCCUGUCUUUGUGGGCCUCCCAUACUAUGCUGCCGUACAAGUAGAUGCGGAGCCUGGACUCUGAUCCAUCAAGUGACGGCCUGUCGACAGAGACCAAGGGACAAACGGAGAUGUGACCUAUGUCCUUCAGGAUGACUAUGGCCAUUUUGAAAUCAGCCCUCAUUCGGGGGAUGUGAUUUUAAAGGAAGCGUUCAACUCUGACUUGGCCAAUAUUGAGUAUGAAGUCACCGUCUUGGCCAAGGACGGAGGCAAGCCCUCUCUGUCCACCUCCAUGGAGCUGCCCAUCACCAUUGUCAACAAAGCCAUGCCCGUGUUUGACAAGCCUUUUUACACGGCGGCUGUCAGCGAGGACGUGGGCAUGGACACGCCCGUUCUGAGCAUCAAUGCCAGCAGCCCGAAGGCCAAGGCUUACGUCAUUGUCGAUGGGGAUCUUCACCAACAGUUCAAUGUCGAUUUUGAACAGGGGUCUUGAAAGUCGUGGCCUUUGGACUAUGAGCUGGCAUCUGCUUACAAGCUGACUGUGAGAGCCAGCGAUUCCGUCACAGGUGCCAGGGCAGAAGUCACAGUGGAUGCUGGUGUGGACGUCAAUGACAGCCCCGUCUUUGAGCAGCCCCUGUACAACACCACCUUCGAAGCGUCUCUCAUUGGGACCCCCGUUUUGCAGGUGGUCUCUACAGAUGCAGACUCUGACAACAACCAGGUGGUGUAUUACCAGAUUGCGGACACCCACAAUAGCACAGAUUAUUUCCACAUUGGACAGUGCCAGUGGCCUGAUCUCACAGCGCGGAUGCUGGACCACGAGCUCGUGCAGCACUGCAACUAAAGGUCAGAGGACGACAGCGGCUUCCCACCCCUAAGUAGCGUCGUUGGUCACAUCUACUCGGAUGUCAACGACAACCCCAUCUUCCACCAACUCAUCUACGAGUCCUGUGGUGAGCUGGCCCCAAGGGGCCACUUCGUCAUUGCGUGCAGGUCUGACGCUGACAGCUCUGACUGGGAGCAGCUGGAAUACAAUUUGUCUGGAAAUGACCAUGCCAGCUUCCUCAUGGACAGCAGGAGUGGCAUCAUCACGCUGUCCAACCACCGCAAAGCAACGCAUGGAACCUCUCUUACAGCCUCAACGUGUCUUGUGUCUGACGGACUGUUUACCAGCAACGCCCAGGUGCACAUCCAGGUCCUAGGGGCCAACCCUCUAUAGCCCCCCUUCUCCCAGAGCAUCUACGUGGCUGAGGUGCGAGAGAAUGCUGCUGCAGGGACAAAAGAUCACUCAUGUCCGAGCCCACAGAUGGGGAUCCCUGGGGCCUACGGGCAGGUGAGCUAUUGCCAUCGUCAAUUGACUUCCCUAAGGACCGAUUCUCACAUAGACGCCAAUGGGCCGCUCACCACCACGGAAGGCGGCUGGGACAGAGAGAACCCUCUGGAAGGGGACAUCAGCGUCUUUGUGAGGGCCCUGGAUGGAGGAGGGAGGGCAGCCUUCUGCACUGUACAGGGUGAUAGUAGUUGGAUGAAGAACGACAAUGCCCCCCAGUUCAUGGAUGUGGAGUACAGAGCCAGUGUGCUUGCCGACGUGGGCAGAGGCCACCCUGGUGACGCAAAGUGCCAAGCCUCGGACCCCUGAUGACUGGUGCCAACGCCAGGAUCACUUACCUCCCUGUACAGUGAGGCCUCUGUCUCUGUGGCAGACCUCCUGGAGAAACGAUCCUGACAAUGGAUGGGGGUUGGACAAAAGGGCAGCCUGAGCCAGCUGAGGAACACAGUGCUGUCCUUCUUCGUCAGAGCUGUGGAUGGGGGCGUCACCGGUCAAGCAUUCCCCUCACUCCCUGUCUACGUCCAUGUUCUUCCCUCAGAAACCGCCCUGCCUGCCUUCACCCAAUCUCAGUAUUCAUUCUCCAUCUCAGAGGAUGCUGCCGUUGGCAGCACGGUGGAAACACUCAGGAAUCUGCCCAGUCAGAACGCCGGUUUCAGCGCAGUUAAUGGUGAACGGCCAGAGAAUAACAAAGGGGGUGUCUUCGUCGUGGACCAGGACACGGGCACCAUCAAGCUCGACAAGCGCCUAGACCGUGAGGCCAGCCCCGCUUUCCACUUCAAGGUGGCUGCCACCAUCCCCCUUGGAAAGGUGGAUGUCGUGUUCACCGCGGACGUGGACAUCAAGGUGCUGGAUCUGAAUGACAACAAGCCAUCUUUGAAAACCCCUACCUACGAGACCAUCAUAAUGGAGGGGAUGCCCGUGGGCACCAAACUCACCCCCAGGUGAGAGCUGUGGGACAUGGAUUGGGGGGCCAAAGACGUGGGGGCCAACUGCAGGUCACUUAUCUCCCUGCACUCAGAUUCCCAGACUGAAAAGGUUAUGGACACUUUCACUAUUGACAGCAACACGGGCUGGAUCAGCAACCUUAGGACCCUGGACCACGGACGACCCGGCACUCACCUUUCUCCGUAGGUGGCCGCCGACUUGGGAGAGGCCUUCUCCCACCUCUCCCUCCACGGCCCCUGGUCUCUGUCAGGGGUGACAGACAUAAAUGACAACGCCCCCCGUCUUAUGGCCCAUGAGGUCUACCGAGGCAGCGUGAGAGGAGAGUGACCCUCCGGGGAGGUGGUGGCCAUCCUCAGCACUUGGGACCAAGACACUUCCGAUGUCAACCGCCAAGUGAGCUAACCACAUCACAGGGUAGGAGGGAACCCCCGAGGGAGGUUUGCCCUCGGGCUAGUGCAGAGCAAGUGGCAAGUCUACGUGAAGCGACUGGACAGAGAGGACCAGGACCACUACUCCCUCCGCAUCACUGCCACCGACGGGCUCUUUGUCACCCAGGCUGUGGUGGAUGUGCACGUCACUGACGUGAAUGACAACAGCCCCGUGUGCGACCAGGUUGCAUAUACAGCGUCCUUUCCCGAAGAUAUUGCGUCAGAUAAGCACCUCCUGAAGGUCAGUGCCAGGGACGCCGAUAUUGGACCCAAUGGAGAUGUCCGAUACUCACUCUAUGGAUCUGGGAACAAUGACUUUUUAGAUCCAGAAAGUGGUAAGGUGAGUAAGAACCUGGCCCCGCUAGACCGGGAGCAGGUGCCUGCCUACAGCCUGACGGCCAGGGCCACAGAUGGGGUGGCCGGUUCUGCCAGUCCACAUCCAGCUGACCUGGAGGACGUCAACGACAAACCACUAUUCUCAUCCAACCACUACCACACCUGUGUCUAUGAGAAUACGGCCACCAAGGCUGCUCACCGAGUGCAGGCCCUGGACCCCGACCUGGGUAAGUGCAACCGGAGGGUGGUGUACUCCCUGGCCCACACGGCCAGUGGCUUCUCCAUCGACAGCUCCUCGGGCAUCAUCAUGUUGGAGCAGCUGGACCGGGAGCAACAGGUCUACUACCUCACCGUGCGGGCAUCUGACCUGGGCCCGGCCAGCCUGUCCUCCCUCACCACUGUCAUCACCGUGCUAGACGUCAACGACAACCCCCAGUGUUUAGAGGGGGACUACCUGGUGACUGUGCCGAGGAUGCGUUCCCCCGGUACCCAGGUCCUCACAGUGUUUGCCACCAGCAAAGACAUAGGCACCAAGACCGAGAUCACCUACCUCAUCCGCUCUGGGAACGAGCAGGGGAAGUUCCAGAUCCACCCGCAGACAGGAGGGAUUUCGGUCUCGGAAGGCCUAGACUAUGAAGCAAGCAAGAAGUUCUUGGUGGUGGAAGCCAAAGAUGGGGGCACCCCGGCCCUUAGUGCUAUAGCCACUGUCAGCAUUGGCGUCGCGGAUGUCAACGACAACCCUCCCAGUUUCAGCCAGGACGUAUACGCCGUUGUGAGUGAGGAUGCGGCUGUUGGAGAUUCGGUGGCCUUGCUGAUCGCAGAAGAUGCCGACAGUCAGCCCAACGGGCAGAUCCAGUUUUCCAUCGUGAGUGGAGACCAGGACAAUGAAUUUGCUGUGGACCCUGUUCUGGGGCUUGUGAAGGUGCAGAAGACGCUGGAUAGAGAGAGGGUGUCCGGCUACUCCCUUCUGGUCCAGGCCGCCGACAGUGGCUCUCCCGCUUUGUCAUCCACGGCCACUGUCAACAUCGACAUUUCUGAUGUGAAUGACAAUGGUCCCGUGUUCACGCCAGCCAACUACAGCGCUGUGAUUCAGGAGAAUACACCAGUGGGCACCAGCAUCCUUCGGCUGGCAGUCACGGACAGAGACUCCUUCCACAACGGGCCUCCCUUCUCCUUCUCCAUUGGGGGCAACGAGCAGCGGGAGUUCAUGCUGGAUCCACAGGGGGUCCUACGCUCAGCUGUGGUCUUCCGGCAUACGGGUUCCCCAGAGCGUGUGCUGCGUGUGCAGGCAGCGGACUCGGGCCAUCCGCAGCAAGUGUCCCAGGCCCACGUGCGAGUGCGGGUUAUCGAAGAGAGCGUCCACAAGCCUGCCGCCCUCCCACUGGAGGUCUUCAUCAUCACCAUGGAGGACGACUUCCCUGGGGGCGUCAUUGGGAAGGUCCACGCCACAGACCAGGACCCCUACGACGUGCUCACUUUCUCCCUGAAGUCGGAGCAGAAAAGCCUGUUCCAGGUGAGCAGCCACGACGGCAGGAUCGUCGCCCUGGGCGGCCUGGACAGCGGCAAGUACGUGCUCAACGUGUCGGUGAGCGACGGCCGCUUCCAGGUGCCGGUGGACGUGGUGGUGCACGUGGAGCAGCUGGCACGGGAGGCACUGCACAACACUGUCACCAUCCGCUUCGAGGCCUCGUCAGCCGAGGACUUCGUGGGGCAGCAGCUGCCAGGGCUGCGGCGCACCCUGCGGGGAGUGGUGUCCACGCAGAAACAGGACAGCCUUCGCGUCAUCAGCUUGCAGCCAGCGGGCAGCCCCGGCCAGCUGGACAUACUGUUCGCCGUGGAGACACAGGGUGGCGACUUCUACAAGCCCGCCUACCUGAUCCAGAAGCUGUCGGGUGCCAGGAGGCAGCUGGAGAGUGCCGUGCGCAUCGUGGCCAUCCUGGAGAAGAAUUGCUCCGGGCUGGACUGCCAGGAGCAGCACUGCCAGCAGGGCCUGUCGCUAGACUCCCACGCCCUCCUCACCUACAGCACGGCCCGCGUCAGCUUUGUGUGUCCCCGGUUCUACCGCAGUGUGCGCUGCAGCUGUGACGGAGGAUUGUGCCCCGGCUCCAGCGAUCCCUGCGUGGAGAAGCCAUGCCCAGGAGAUAUGCAGUGUGUCGGCUAUGAGGCCAGCAGGAGACCUUUCCUCUGCCAGUGCCCUCCAGGAAAGCUGGGCGAGUGUUCAGGACACGCUUCCCUCAGUUUCGCUGGCAACAGUUACAUCAAGUACCGCCUUUCCGGGAGCAGCAGAGAAGACGCCUUCCGGCUGGCAUUGCGCCUCCGAACCCUGCAGAGCAACGGGGUCCUGAUGUUCACGCGUGCCAACCCCUGCCUCGUCCUGAAGAUCGUGGACAGCCGACUGUGGUUCCAGCUGGACUGCGGUGCAGGCCCUGGCAUCCUGGGCAUCUCUGGCCGUGCCGUCAACGACGGGAGCUGGCACUCAGUCUUCCUAGAGCUCAAUCGCAAUGUCACCAGCCUGUCCCUGGACGACAGCUACGUGGAGCGCCGUCGCGCCCCCCUCUACUUCCAGACCCUGAGUGCCGAGAGCGCCAUCUACUUCGGGGCCCUGGUGCAGGCCGACCCAGCCCACAGCCUGGCCGAGGCUCACAGCACGCAGGUGCUGAGCGGUUUCCAGGGCUGUCUGGACGCGGUGGUGCUCAAUGGCCACGAGCUGCCCCUGCAAAACAAGCGCAGCAGCUUCGCGGAGGUGGUGGGCCUGACCGAACUCAAGCUGGGCUGUGUGCUCUACCCCGACGCCUGUGCCCGUGGCCCCUGCCAGCACGGGGGCAGCUGCAGUGGCCUACCUUCUGGGGGCUACCAGUGUGCCUGCCUGUCCCAGUUCACCGGGAGCAAUUGCGAGUCGGAAAUCACGGCCUGCUUCCCCAACCCCUGCCGCAACGGAGGCUCCUGUGACACCUCAGGGAACUCGUACAGCUGCAGCUGCCGGGCCGGCCUCACGGGAGCCACAUGUGAGGAAGAUGUGGACGAGUGUGCGCGCGAGGAGUGUGAGAACGGGGGAGCCUGCGUGAACGUCUUUGGGUCCUUCGUGUGCAACUGCACGCAUGGCUUCGUGGGCCCACGCUGCGCGCUGCGGCCAGUGCUGGUGCCCGACAUCCAGGCGGGCCCGGCCUACGUGGGCAAGGAGGAGCUGGUGGGCAUCGCAGCCGUGCUGCUGGUACUACUGGUGUUGGUGGCACUGUUCGCUGCCCUGCGCAGAAAGGUCUUCCACCCUCACUACUCCCGCAACGAUGCCACGCUGGUUCGAGAUCCCGCAGCUGCUGCACUGCUGCGCAAGAGCAACGGUGGCCCCUUCCGUGGCCUGCGGGCCCCACGCAAUGUCUACCAGGAAGUGGGGCCCCCCCAGGUCCCCGUCCGCCCCAUGGCCUACACUCCCUGCUUCCAGAGCGAUUCUCGAGGCCACCUGGACAAGCUGGCAGCCGAGGCCUUGGGGGCCGAGCACCAGGAGAUGACCACCUUCCACCCAGAGUCCCCUCGCAUCCUCCCUGCCCGCCGUGGCGUGGCCAUCUGCAGUGUGGCCCCCAACCUACCCACUGUGUCACCCUGCCGCUCAGACUGCGACUCCAUCCGCAAGAACGGCUGGGACAGCGGCCCUGAAAACAAGGCGGCUGAAGAUGCUGGGGAGGUGACAUGUCUGACGGGCAGCACUAAAGGCAGUGGCUCCGAGGUGCAGUCUCUCAGCUCCUUCCAGUCGGACUCCGGGGAUGACAAUGCAUCCAUAGUGACUGUCAUUCAGCUUGUCAACAAUGUCGUUGACUCAAUAGAGAAUGAAGUGUCUGUCAUGGACCCAGGCCAGAACUACAACCGAGCCUAUCACUGGGACACGUCGGACUGGAUGCCAGGGGCACGCCUGUCGGACAUCGAGGAGGUGCCCCACUACGAGGGCCCGGACACAGGGCCUGGGUCAGGGAGCACGCGGGAGUUGGAGAGCGACUACUACCUCGGUGGCUACGACGUGGACAGCGAGUGCCCACCGCCACCCGAUGACCAUUUCCUGAGCCGGGACCAGCUGCCCCCUCCGCUGCCCGAGGACUUCCCGGAGCAGUACGAAGCCCCACUGAGCGGCAGCCUGAGCCCCGGCCGCCGGCACAGAGCCCACUUCCACCCCAGCCAGUACCUGCCACCCCAUGCCUUCCCCCACGACCCCAGUCCCUCCGGCCCAGCCCGGGCCCCCUGCGACUUCAGUACUUUCACCAUGCCUGUGGGCCCAGCCUCUGAGUCCGGGCGGGUCACAGACAGUUGCAGAGGCUCUUCUCCGCCCCACGAGUCCCUGGACUGCAGUACUGAUGGGGCAGAGCUGGGCGGGGUCCACCUGCACACCCCCUUUCUGGAGGUGCAGCACCAAACCCAGGUGUAGGACCAGCCUCCACGGACAGACAGGGAGACGGACAGACGGCGGAACAGGCACUGGCUGGGCUGGCCAGUGGGGAGCCGGGACACGGAGGGGUGCAGUCGGGGCCAGACCUAGCUUCUGAGUUGCCCGCACACCCAGCAGGGUGGCCCGCCCUUGACCAGCACACAGGCACCAAGGUUCAGGUGAACAGCAGGCCCCCCAGGUCACAGGUCCUGCUGGCUGUGUUCAGGGGCUCCUAGGGGGGUCGCUGCAGCGUCGGGGAGGGGGGAUGGAAGGGAAGGAAGUAGUUGUAUGGAUGCAAACUAGUCUCGUAGGCAAAAGGAAAGCAAAACGCGGUAGUGGGUAAGGAAGAAAAUGGGCUGAAGCCAUUAAAAGCAACUUUUAAAGAACAAAGCUGCCCGUUCUCCAACUAUGAAACGAGGCCUGGAGAAAAGGCAUAGUAUGCUCAGUUAUUUCUGUUUGCUUCUGUCAGGCAUCCACUGUCUCCUAGCCAGGUUUUCUGAUGUCUGAGGAAAGUGUCAGUGCAGAGCAAUAGAGUCAGGUUUCAGUUGGUGCAUGGGAGGCUGGUUAACGGAUGUGUAAAUGCAAGAAGUGACUCAUUUGUGUCUCUUUCCCAGCAAACAUGCCAGGCUCUUCACAGAGUCCUAGCACGGCUCCAGAAAUGGGUCUUUGUUCUGAGAAUCAGCAUCGGGGAAGGAAAAGGGGAAGGGUCACUCUAAGUACAUUGUUCUGUUGAACAGCUAUUAGAGCGUAAUCAGUAUUCGCAGAUCUCAGGGGGUGGGAGACAGAAAAGACUCUUCCAGAGUUUCCACCCAGAUCAUCACACUUCCUGACACCAUGGAUCAAAAGUGCGUGUCAUUCCGAGUCGGCAGCGUCCUGGCUCCACGCCAGGUGGACAGUCCCUGCGUUGAGGGGGCCCAGCCUGGCUGCGCCGCACUCAGAUGGGCACGUAGGUGCUCUACCCUCAGCCCUGGUCGGGAAACACCAAACGCCACCGUUCACUCCAGCUGUUAACUUUGCUUUGGUACUGCCGUUUCUAUUUCCUAAGAGCAAGACUGCUUUUUUUUUUAAUGCAGUAUUUUGUUAGAAUUUUCCAGAACUAAACGACUCCUGCAGCAGUGUGGAAUGUUUGGUUCUGCUCGGGGGGCCUCUCCUGGCACUUGUGGGUUUGUUUCAGCCGCACUUGUUUUCAGUUCCCUGAGCUGACAGAAGGCUUGGGAACUGAGAGACGCCCAGCAAGAGGAGGAGUGUGACGUGGGGUGUUGGGCAGCGACGGCCAACGCCAUGCGUGAGAUGACAGGAAUGCGCGUUUGCACAUCUGCUUGGCAGUG